AUGGCUCAAGUCACCUUCAAUGCCCGCCUUACUGCGGAACACCCUGUUCUCCUUGAAGUUCAGCACCGAGGUCUUCUGGAUGCAAAAGGCAAGGUUGUGACUACCUGUAGUCCGGAAUAUCUUCUCUCGAUAGGCCUUGAGGUCCUGCGAGCGAAGGCGUCUCCAAUAGUCAAGUUGACGAAAUAUAUCUCUUUCGAAGAGCAAGCUUUGCGUGUCCAGUUCAUUUCAACGGAAGUUCGAAGACUUUUUCAUCAUCCAGGACUUUUUCCCUCUGAUUCUGCAAGGGUCCGAUUCGCCGCUCUGUUGGCCUUAGAUUCGGGUUUGCAAUUCGUUGAAGCCGUCAAGGAGCAUCUCCUGUCCAGUCUGCAACGUGAUAUGAAGCAUUUCAAUUGUGAAUCAGACGCACAACCAAGUUACAAGAAAGGGACAAAAGGCUGGGAGAAUUUCUUGCUUAAUAAGGCUCCCGGAGUACCGAAGACGGUCAAUGAGGAUCCUAGGCAGACGGCUCCUAAGUCGGCGUUUCAGCUCAUCCCCCCAGUAGGAAUGAGAAUUGUGGGAGAUGCCAAUCGCGAAGAAGCAAAUGUGCACCGCUGGAUUGUUCAGCACCCAGAUCCUCCGAAGGUCGAUCAAGCUGCAAGUACGAAGUUAAUGAUGAUGGACAUGGAUGAUCCGGAGGCUGAGGGGGAAAUGCCCGACAUCAAUCUUGUCCAGCAAAGCGAAGCUGUCGUCUACACCCCAAAUCCGUUUCGCAAGGACCUCGCUCUUCGACUUGAUAUUCCCGCCUACGGUGCCGAGCGUCUGGAAGAAUACUCGCCAUUCAUCGAUCGAUUGGAAACUGAUCCUCUACCCAAUAAUAUGCCGAACGCUGCUUUGAAUGGGCCCACCAUUUUCCCAUUGAUCUCUCUCCGUUCUUGGAAGCCUCCGACCAAUCCCUAUGAUCUCCGAUACGUGCCUGAUCCGCCAGUCCAGGAACAGACUGAAUAA